AUGGAGUUCCCGUUGGUGUCACGGGCUCCGAAUCCCCCGGUAACUUGGUUUUGUAACUAUGAGUUGCCGGCGAGAAUAAUAGAGAUGAAAAAGAAGAAGGGAGUAUUGGCAAAUAGUGGGGUGGUGAGGGCGGAGAGGAGUGGUGGUGCUGGUGGAAAAGCGGUGGAGAGAGAAGAAAGAGACAGUCGGGUAUAUAGGACGGGUUCCGGUAUGGAGGUUACCACAUUUAAUGAGAGCUUUAACGAUGCUGAAUUUUCAGUCUGGGAAAAGAUUGGAACUGUUGUUAGACUAAGUUAUGGAAUUGGAAUAUACGGCGCCAUGGCUUUGGCAGGAAGUUUUAUAUGUUCGAUCACUGGAAUUGAUACCUCGGGAGGAUUUGAUCUAUCAUUAGAUGCCAUUGUGGAGGGAUUGGGAUAUGCAGCUCCUCCUAUAAUGGCCCUUCUAUUUAUUCUAGAUGAUGAAGUUGUAAAAUUCUCACCUCAUGCCCGUGCAAUCAGAGAUGUAGAGGAUGAGGAGUUACGGAGCUUCUUUUACGGAAUGUCACCAUGGCAGUUUAUACUCAUUGUUGCUGCAAGCUCUAUUGGAGAGGAGCUUUUCUACCGUGCUGCUGUUCAGGGAGCCUUGGCUGAUGUAUUUUUGAGGAGCGGUGAUUUGGUUGGAGAUGCUCGAGGAAUGACAUCUCUGGCUGGUGUGCUUCCUCCGUUUGUACCAUUUGCACAGGCAUUUGCCGCUGUCAUCACUGCUGCUCUUACAGGUUCACUUUACUAUAUGGCAGCCUCUCCGAAAGACCCCACCUACGUAGUUGCACCAAUACUGAAGUCCCAUUCCGGCCGCAAAGAACUGAAAAAACUAUUUUCAGCCUGGCACGAGAGGCGGCAAAUGAAGAAGAUAUACUCUCCCUUACUUGAAGCAUUUCUUGCUCUUUAUCUUGGAUUCGAAUGGAUCCAGACGAAUAAUAUUCUGGCACCUAUUAUAACACACGGUAUAUACUCGGCCGUCAUCUUGGGCCACGGCCUUUGGAAAAUUCAUGAUCACCGACGAAGACUCCGCCAGAGAAUUCAACAGCUUAAACUAGAAGGUAAAGAUUGA